AUGAACGCAGCAUUGCCGAGCAUACAGCUUGGUAUAGACUAUGGCAGAAUCAAGGAGGAAAUAGAGGAUUUUUUGGUGCACUUUAAGGGCUCGUCUAGCACGGAGGAUGCUGGGGAGAUUGAGAUGGAGGAGGAUAUGGUCGGCGCGGGUCCGAAGUACCUAGAUUUGCUGCAGCAAGUCGCGAAUCGGGAGCUGACGACGCUGUAUGUAGAGCUGGAUGACGUCGCAGCAUACCAGACGAUGCGGGGCGAGGCUGUAGACCGUAUGCCGGGGCCGCAGCUCUGCGAGCUGAUAUUGGAAAACGCGCUUCGAUACACCGAGCUGUUUUCCGAGGUCGUGGACAAGCUGUUGCCGCCGCCGACCAAGGAGUUUGACCACCAUGACGACGUGCUUGAUGUUAUUGUGCACCAGCGCCAACUGCGGAACCAGCGACAGAUCACGGAACGUCGAGAGGAGCUGGAACAGAUGGAUGAGGAUGCCGGCGAGGAACAGCUAAACGAACUUGCGCGGCAGCAGGACGAGGGCCAGGAGGAUUUGUUCCCUCCGAUGCUUAUGCGGCGCUACAACCUGUAUUUCACGCCCCUGACCAAAUUCCAGGGCGUCGGAAAGCAUGUGAGGUCGCACUAUGGUCCAUUCAGCGCACGAGAGGUCAAGGGCUCUCAUCUGGGGAAACUCAUCACGGUGAGCGGAAUUGUGACUAGGAUAUCUGACGUUAAGCCGGCUGUGCUCGUUACUGCAUACACCUGUGACCAAUGUGGCGCGGAGGUCUUCCAAGAGGUGAAUAAGCGGACCUUCACGCCCUUUUUAGAGUGUACCUCACGACAGUGCCAGCAGAAUCAGAAUAAAGGCCAGCUGUUCAUGUCGACUCGUGCGUCGAAGUUCAGCGCUUUCCAGGAGUGCAAGAUCCAGGAGAUGUCACAUCAAGUUCCCAUUGGCCAUAUUCCACGGACCCUCACCAUUCAUGUCAAUGGGCCGCUUGUUAGGUCCAUGGUGCCCGGUGACAUUGUAGAUGUCACCGGGAUAUACUUACCCGCUCCUUAUACGGGAUUUAAGGCACUGAAAGCUGGUCUACUUACUGAGACGUAUUUGGAGGCGCAGUAUGUGCGGCAGCACAAGAAGAAGUUCUCAUCCUUCGAAAUCACAUCCGAUGUUGAAAAGCGUGUGAUGAGCAUUGUACAGCAAGGCGAUGUCUACACGAGGUUGGCAAAGUCUAUCGCACCAGAAAUCUAUGGUAACCUCGACGUCAAGAAGGCGUUAUUACUGUUGAUGGUAGGCGGUGUCCAUAAAACAGUGGGAGAUGGUAUGAAAAUUCGUGGUGAUAUCAACAUAUGUUUGAUGGGUGAUCCUGGUGUGGCCAAGUCUCAACUUUUGAAAAGUAUCUGUAAGAUCACUCCUCGUGGUGUGUACACAACUGGUAAAGGUUCUUCUGGCGUUGGUUUGACGGCCGCGGUUAUGAAAGACCCUGUUACAGAUGAGAUGGUUCUCGAAGGCGGAGCUUUGGUCCUUGCCGAUAACGGAAUAUGUUGCAUUGAUGAAUUUGACAAAAUGGAUGAAAGUGACAGGACCGCUAUACACGAAGUUAUGGAGCAGCAGACAAUUUCGAUUUCCAAGGCUGGUAUUAACACUACUUUGAACGCAAGAACUUCGAUCCUCGCGGCGGCUAACCCCGUGUAUGGUAGAUACAACCCUAGAUUGUCCCCAUUGGAGAAUAUCAAUCUACCUGCAGCGCUUUUGUCGAGAUUCGAUAUCAUGUUCCUCCUGCUGGAUAUGCCCCACCGUGAAAAUGACGAGAAAUUGGCGGAGCAUGUGGCAUACGUUCAUAUGCACAACAGGCAACCGGAAUUAGAUUUCGAACCAAUCGAACCUGCGGCAAUGCGGGAGUUCAUAGCGUUCGCCAAGACAAAGAGGCCAAUUAUGACGCAGGAGGUAAACGAGCUCGUGGUGCAAUCCUACAUUCGUAUGAGACAGGAUUCUAAAAAUGUGACUGACCCCAAGCAGCAAUUCGGACAAGCAACUCCGAGAACGCUGCUAGCUGUCAUUAGAAUCUCGCAGGCCUUGGCAAAACUGCGGUUCAGCGACCAGGUCGAUGUUGAGGACGUGGAAGAAGCCUUACGGCUUAUCCAGGUGUCCAAGGACUCUCUCUACAACGAUACACAAACCAGAGCGGAUGAUGAAACGCCGACGACCAAGAUAUUUACCAUCAUUAAAAAAAUGGCGAUGGAGACUGCUCGCUUGAACAAGAAUUUACCAAUGGACACAAUAACCAAGAUCGUUCGCUCCAGGGGUUUCACGCAGCAGCAGUUGGACGCCUGUGUGGAAGAAUAUACCUAUCUGAAUGUCUGGCACAAGCUAGAGGAAGAAAACGCGCUGAAGUUUGUUGGUGGCAGCGAGUAUGAUGUGGAGAUGACUCCGAGUCAAGACACUGAAAUGGUAGAUGCUUAA